ACCAGUCGAGGCAUGCCACUUGGCGGUUGGUACCUUGGGGACGCCCCAGGGGCGAUGGCAUUCUGCCGCCAGCCCGCGUGCGCCCUCGGGGACCCGAGGUCCUCCCUCCUCCGCUCCUGCUUUCUCGCGGCCCUCUGCUGCGUGUGGCGCGCAGGCAGUCUCUGCACUGCCUCCCGCUCCAUUCGUUUGGGUGCAGCCAUGCGACGCGCCGAGCACGCAGACGGUGGACACGCGACAGGCGGGUCGGGGGCCUCUGGCUCAAUGACGGCCCACAGGGGGCCUCUGCUCCGCGCGAAGGCCGCUCUACUACUCCUCCUGCCGCAGCAAUGAAGUCGCAGCUGGCCGCCAUGGAUGAGGCGGGGACGUACGGCGCGGUGUCCAAGGUUGCGAGGCCUGCCGCGAAGAUCAGUCCUGCCAUCCCUGGCGUGUGCAUGUGCAUCUUGGCCGUUGAGCUGUGCGAGCGCCUUGCGUUCUACACGUUCACUGGCACCCAGGAAUUCUUCCUGGAGCGCCUGGGAUACUCCGUGUCGGCCGCAGCGGGCAUGAACGCUGCGAUGGGCACCCUCUGCAUGGCCUGGGCCCUCUUCGCGGGCUGGGUUGCCGACGUCGCCCUCGGCCGCUACAUGACCAUCGUGACCUUCGGGCUGCUGUAUGUCGGUGGCUCCGUCCUGGCCACGGUGGCGGCUUUGCCAGAGGUCUCCAGCAGGCGCCUGUACCUCAUGGGCAUCAUGGGCCUGGUGCCGAUUGGCACGGCGGGCAUCAAGGCGAACAUCUCCAACUUCGGAGCGGACCAGUACGACCCGACCGACCCCGAGCAGGCGAGCGCACGGGAGACGUUCUUCUCCUGGUUCUACCUCGCCAUCAACCUGGGCUCCGCGGUGGCGUACGGGUGCCUCACCACGGUGGGGGCGAGCGGCGGCUUCGGUGUGCCCCGCCGCUUCGGCUACUUCGCCGUGUACGCGUGCGCGGCGCUGGCGAUGCUCGCCGCGGUGGUGGUCUUCCGCUCGUGCCGGCGGCACUACCGCACGCAUCCCACCCGGGCCCACUCCUCCAUCGGCUGCGUGUCGAGCUACGUCGCCUGCGCGGCGCGGCAGGGCAGCGGUUCGGCGGUGGCGGUCUGCGUAGGUGUCGCGCUGCUCUUCGCGGGGCUCCUGCUCUCCGUGCUGCAGGCGCUGCUCGGCCAGGAUGGUAUCUCGGCCCUCGGGGUGGUGUCUUUUCUCUGCUCGGCAGUGGGAGUAGCCUCCGCGUGUCUUGCCUGCGCACGCCCCGACUGGGUGCUCGCUGGGAGGCCAGCCUUCGCCACGUCAGUGCCUGCGGAGGACGUGCGGGACUUCCUCAGGCUGCUACCCGUGCUGUUCAUGGCGAACAUGGUGUUCAGCGCGCUCUACAACUCCAUGCAGUUCUGGUACCAGCAGCAGGCGUGCCAGAUGGACUUGAGGAUCCCCUGGGCAGCUCCAGGUCCCGGGCAGGCGCAGUUUGCCGGAUCCUUCUUCAUGAUCGCGGACUGCAUUGGCAUUGUCGUCGCCACGCCUUUCGCGAUCCGCUGGGUCAACCCCGCCCUCGACCGGCUGAACGGCUCGCCCCUCGGGCCGGGCCCGAAGUACAUGAUCGGCAUGGCCCUGGGGACUGCGUCGGUGCUCCUCGCUGCGCGCAUCGAGCAGCUGCGCCGCGAGGCACCGGUGACGGGGAUCAUGUCCAGCUGUGCGCCCGAGGGCGUGAGGAUGAGUGAGAUGGCUGCGUCUUGGAUGUUCCUUCCCUUCUUUCUCAUGGGCGUCGCAGAGAUCUACACCCAGCCGACGCUCAUGCACCUCGCCUACGACCAGAGCCCGCCUUCGAUGAGAACCCUGACGGCGGCAACUAGUCUCGUCAUUGGUGGCGUCUCAACUGCAUUGUUCUCACUGCAGAUCUCUGCCCUCAGCGCAUAUGUGCCCAAUGACCUCAACAAGGGGCAUCUGGAGUUCGGCUACUACUCCAACGUUGCUGUCGCAGCUGCUUUCAUGCCCGUGUACAUUACUUGCAUCAACAAUUUGCAGGAGAAGACAUAUAGCGUGCACAACGCAUGAUGCAGGAUUAGAGAGUGCUAGCAAUGCGGAGCAUGGCUCCACAGCAGGCAGUCCACGAACAGUCUGCCUGGAAUUGUCUUGGGUCACGAACUGAAAGGGAUGAGGUCAACUAAAGCCGUUGUCUUCGUUGCGUUCGGCGUUUCUCGCUCAACUCCGCUAGAGGACAAGCUAUCAGGCUGCCUUUCAAAUUAUAAUUUGAAUUCGGUUGCGCACUGGUGCUAGCUCUCUGCGCUCGGUGCGCCAAUACCCUCCUGGCAAACAGGUGCACAAUUUGUAAUUGGGCAUACGAUACGUGGACUCCCUUGUCAUCGUCUAGCCUGCAGUUCUCUGGAUUCGCCGGAUCCCAGCUCGUUCUGAAAGGCAGUUGUUCUCAGCGAUGCUAGCUUUGCCUGGUCCACACACAUCCUUUGUGUGCUGUCCCGAAGGAGGACGCAUUACCAGAUGGCGAUGCGAACUAUGCCAGUUAUGCUCGCAGGGUCAAGCCCCACCUACUGAGUUGGGUUGUGACAGUUCUGCUGAAGCAGACAAGCAUCGGAGAUAUUGGCUCCACUUCGCAGGCCUUGGAAAGCUGGACACCUUUCGGAGCAGCAGGGGCAUCGGCCAGCGUGGCGAGAGUGCUGCUCCGGCGUGGUCUCAGAGCCUCUUCGCCUCGCCCGCGACGGAGCCCUCAGGCCGGGGCCCGCGCCUGCAGCCCUGUGAGAGGGCCGGAGGCCCUCCCGACGCGUCGGCGUGGUGAGGAGGCCACGGCGACGUGGGCACGCACCCUCGGGAGUGACCUCCUGGUGCGAGCACCGGGUGGGCCCUCGGAUGGCUGGAAACGAGGCGGCAGCGGCGGCUUUGCGCGCCCAGGUUGGGUCUCCCCGCGGCCCCCAGAAGGCCGCGCACCAAAGGUGACUCUUGCCCAGGGUCACUCUUGGCGUGUAGCCGAACGCAGCGCGCGAGCACCCGACCUGAUGGGCUUGUUUCCAGCACCACCACCACAAGAGCGUCCACCGUGUGUUUUUUUCACGACGCCCAGAGGCCUGGGAUGUUGCGCCUCCAGGCUGGAGGUCUGGAGGAGGCCGAAGCGCUUGGGCCUGGAGGCGGUGCGGAGGAUGAAUCUUUCGCCUUCCCCUUCCG